AUGCCGUUGUCUAAACACGUCAAUGCCGACACUUUCAUCACCCAAUUCUUGAAGAAGAACCAGCAGUACCGCACCUCGAAGGAAGAGGAGUUCUACUUCGAGUACGACUCGAACGUGUUGGUGCCCCGCUACGAGAUCCCCGAAAGACCGGCCAACUCCAAGUUGGUCUACCGCACCAUCGAGGAGGAAUUGACCUUGGACGGCACCCCCACCUUGAAUUUGGCGUCGUUCGUCAACACCAGUCUGUCGGAAACGAUGGAGAAGUUGCUUUUGGACAAUUUCACCAAGAACUUGAGUGACAACGACGAGUACCCCGCCUUGAUUGAGAUCCAGGACCGCUGUGUCGCCAUGCUCGGUAACUUGUGGCACGCUCCCAGCAAGCGCAACGAGAACGGCGACUUGAUCAACACCGCCAUCGGCACUGCCACCACCGGUUCUUCUGAAGCCAUCAUGUUGGCCGGGCUUGCUAUGAAGAGAACCUGGCAAGCGAAGCGCAAGGCUGAAGGUAAGGACUACUUUAGACCCAACAUCUUGAUGGCGCUGUGUGCCCAAGUGGCGUUGGAGAAGUUCGCCAACUACUUUGACGUCGAGAACCGGUUGAUCCCCAUCUCGCUGAACACCAACCAUGUCAUUGACACCACCAAGAUCAAAGAAAACAUCGAUGAAAACACCAUUGGUGUGUUUGUGAUCAUGGGGCUGACUUUCACCGGGGCGUUCGAACCCGUCAAGUACAUUAACGACUUGCUCGACGAAGUGCAAAAGGAAAAGGGGUAUGACAUCCCCAUCCACGUUGACGGCGCCUCGGGUGGGUUUGUCGCUCCCUUCUGUUUCCCCUCGAUCGAAUGGGACUUCCGUGUGCCCAGAGUCGUUUCCAUCAACACCAGUGGUCACAAGUACGGGCUCACCACCGUCGGUUUGGGGUGGGUGAUCUGGAGAAGUAGAGAACGGUUGCCCGAGUCGCUUAGAUUCUCGUUGGACUACUUGGGUGGUACCGAAGAGAGUUUCGGGCUUAACUUCUCUCGCCCUGGUUUCCAAGUGAUCAUGCAAUACUACAACUUCUUGCACCUCGGGUUCGAAGGGUACCAGGUGGUGUUCGACGGGUGUCUCUCCAAUGCCAGACUCUUGUCCGACUGUCUCGAGGCCUCGGGCUACUACAAGUGCUUGUCGGUGAUCAACAAGAAGAUCACCGACCAAAGCAAGAAGAUUUACUACACCGACAAGAAGACCCACAACCCCAACAACGUCAACGAACACUUUAAGCCCGGUCUCCCCGUGGUCGCGUUCACCUUCUCCGACGAGUUCCAGGAAGAAUACCCCGAAAUCCCCCAGGAAUUGGUGUCGACCAUGCUCCGUAACAAGGGGAUCAUCGUCCCCAACUACCACUUGCCCCCUGACGAAGGCGACACCAAGGUGUUGCGGGUGGUGGUGCGUAUCUCGAUGCUGAUGUCGUUGUUGGAGAAGUUGAUCGAAGACAUCAUCGAGAUCACCAAGACCCUCAUGCAAGCGUGUAAGGAGGUGCGUAAGAUCGCCAACAAGGAGGAAGGCGCCAAGGACUCCCACGAGAUCUCGGCGUUGAUCCGCGACAUGUUGAUGCUGAUCACCACGGGCGGGCUCGACAACUUGAAGCUCGAACAGGAAAAGACCACCAAGAGGUUGGCCGGCAAGGACGGGCGCACUUUCCGUGGUCCCUGUUAA